UCCACCGAUAUAUCCCUCCGCCGGCCCGCCGUCGUCCCGCUCAGCGUCGCGUGCCUUGCAAGGGUGUCUCUCUCCUUCUGAGCUUGAGAGAUCCCGCGACGCCAGCUCCCUCUCCGCCACCCCACGAUGAAAACAUUACAGGCGAAUGCUGGGGUGCUCACCAAUCUCGAGGUCCUCGAGUUCUUGCGCGCGAGAGGGGCGACGAGUGAUCCCAUGGGCUGCCUUGGUGCUGUUGCCCCGUCCGAGUGCAAGGUUUUCGAUUACCUUGUAAACACGCCUGCUUGCAAUCAGACACGGGGAGCAAUCGAUGAGUUCUUGAAAAGAUGCGAAAAAUUCAAGCUUGCAAAAGCUGAGAAGUUCAACAUCAUCAACUUGAGGCCAUCCAACCAAGCUCUGAUCGAUCCGAUUAUCGAGUACUGCGAGAAGCGUCUUACAAAAGACGAAGCCCGAGGGAUUGAUGAAGUUCAGGAGCUGGUGGAUUCAGUUCUUGAGGUUUUACCGCCACCUCCAGCAAAGCCUGAUGAAGAAAUGCAGGAUCUUGAAGAACCACCAACUGCGAAGCCAAUGGAGGAAAAUUAGUUCUUUUUUUUCUUCUUUCUGCAGCAUGUGUGUUAAUUCUCAAAACCAUUGUGCUAAUGCCCCAAUUUCCUCUCCCCCCCACCCCCUUCUCAUUUUGGAUUCUGAUUUUUCCUCAAUGAUUGAUUGAUAUAGUACAUUCAUCUUUUU